AUGGGAGCCGAUGUGGUAUUCCGAUGUCCUUCUAUUAUUCAUAUUGAUCUUGAUACUUUGCAAAACCUUGAAUCAUUUAGGGAUUCAUUGUGUGUAUUUCCACCCAAAAGUGUAAAGCUGAGAAAGCCAUUUGCCAUCCAACCCUGGAUUAACUCAGAACAGAAUGUUGGCAACCUUCUCAUGGUUUGGAAAUUCUUGAUUACUUUUGCUGAUGUCCUUGAAUUAUGGCCUUUUACUAUUGAUGAGUUUGUACAGGCAUUUCAUGACUAUGAUUCUAGAUUGUUGGGUGAGAUACAUGUUGCUCUGCUCAAGGUGAUAAUAAAAGACAUUGAAGAUGUUGCAAGGACACCUUCUACAGGAAUAGGGAUGAACCAGAAUGGAGCCGCUAAUCCUGGAGGUGGGCAUCCAGAGAUUGUGGAAGGAGCAUAUGCAUGGGGCUUUGAUAUACGAAAUUGGCAGAAGAACUUGAAUCAGUUGACAUGGCCGGAAAUUUUCCGGCAGUCACAGGCGGGCGUACGCGAAAGGAUUACACUCUGCAACCACUUCUGGUUACCAGGACUUUCAGGCAUAUACUGGUUGGCCUGGGGACCAGGCUCCUAA